UUGUUGCUACAAAUUCAGAAACAGUUGAUCAAAUGUCAAAAUGGCGUCUUCUGAAUCCCUUAAUUGCUGUUGUCUGUCUGGAGUGACCUGUGUAUGUGAAAGCAGUUCCGAUAAAAAUAAACUUUGGAAUGAAAUUUGCCGAGAAAUCGAUGAGGAGAAAAGGAGCGUCCAGAAUUAUAUCCUAAAAAAUAACAAAAAUGCGGAUGUGCCAAGCCAUCCUCUGCUUGAUUUCUUGGAAACGAAAGUUACACCGCUAUUGAAGAAAGGAAUGUUAAGUGCUCUCAAAGAGGCAGAAAGGCAGAAUUGUCUUGAUAGGCAAAGAACGGAUUUCGAUCCUAUUGAUCACAUUUCGGAGUAUCUUUGGAACAAUAAUCCAGAAUUCCCGCAGAGACUGAAUGAAAACAAGAAAAUCCAUGAUAUGCACUGGGUGAUGGAAUACUUGAAGGAAAAUCCAAGACCAUUCUUUCCAUACCACCUUAUAUGGAGCAAUGAUUUUGCGGCUAUAAAAAUCCAGGCAUUUCUGAGAGGCUAUUGGGUAAGAAGACAGGAAGAAGUUCAAGAAGUAAGGAGGUUCUGGAAGCAACUAAAAGAAGAAGCGCAAGGUUCAGGAACAUCAAUCUCAAGACGAUUCCUCAUACUUGACUGAAAAUGACCCGUGUCAAUAUUAUGUAAUUUCUAUUAUUUCAUAUAUCGAUAUACCUACCUAUCAUGUUCUAUGAAAAAAAAAUCUUCGAACAAUAAAGUGUAUUUCACAAUAAAAA